GGCAGCGGGAGUAUCAUGGCGGCAAGUUCGGAUAUCGAUCGUGGACCAGUGGGAUGCUGGCCGCCCGACGUUUCGCCGACCACACGCCACCGUUCGGCAUCUUAAGCGCUUUUGUUAUCGCUCGCCAUAUUUUUUUUUUUUUACACCACUUAACUGUAAGACUACUGCCAAGGUACGUGUGUCGAAGAGCUCCGAGUAUUUCCCACGGGGUGUAUUCCUGAGUGUCCUACUUUCACACGCGUUUGUAAACAGUACGGAAGAUGCGGACGUCAGUGCUCACAGUUUUGCUCAAUGUCUUCAGCAUCGUUUGCGGGAGCAGAGUUUUAGAAGCGAAUCCCGAUACGAAGAGACUUUACGACGAUUUAUUGUCUAAUUACAAUAGAUUGAUACGUCCUGUUAAUAAUAAUACGAAUACUUUAACAGUUUGGAUGGGAUUAAAGUUGUCGCAAUUGAUAGAAAUGAAUCUAAAGAAUCAAGUUAUGACAACGAAUGUCUGGGUAGAGCAGAAAUGGAUUGACUAUAAAUUAACAUGGGUUCCAGAAGAGUAUGGUGGUAUAGAAAUGUUAUACGUGCCUUCCGAAAAUAUAUGGCUUCCGGACAUUGUACUAUACAACAACGCAGAUGGAAAUUACGAAGUAACGUUAAUGACGAAGGCCACUCUGAAAUUUACUGGCGAGGUAUACUGGAAACCGCCGGCUAUUUACAAGUCAUCCUGUGAGAUUAACGUGGAGUAUUUCCCGUUUGAUGAGCAAUCGUGUAUUAUGAAGUUUGGCUCGUGGACUUACAACGGUGCUCAGGUAGAUCUAAAGCAUAUGAAACAAGAGCUUGGUAGCAAUCUAGUGGAGAUCGGCAUAGAUCUCAGCGAUUUUUAUUUAUCAGUGGAAUGGGAUAUUCUUGAAGUACCAGCAGCACGCAACGAAGAAUAUUAUCCAUGUUGCGCGGAACCUUAUUCGGAUAUCACAUUCAAUAUUACGAUGAGAAGAAAAACUCUAUUUUAUACUGUCAACCUUAUUAUCCCAUGCGUUGGCAUUACGUUUUUAACGGUGCUGGUUUUUUAUCUGCCCAGCGAUUCUGGUGAAAAGGUAUCAUUGUGUUCUUCCAUUCUUCUCUCAUUGACGGUGUUCUUCUUGCUAUUAGCCGAGAUUAUUCCCCCAACAUCGUUGGCCAUACCUUUACUCGGAAAAUAUCUAUUAUUUACCAUGAUUUUAGUUACUCUAUCCAUUUGGAUCACAGUCUGCGUCUUAAAUGUACAUUUCCGAUCGCCUUCGACGCAUAAUAUGUCGCCGUGGGUAAAACAAGUGUUUCUGAAUUGGAUGCCGAGGAUAUUAAUGAUGCGACGUACACCAUACUCUACGCCAGAAUACGAUGAUACUUACAUGGAUAGUGCAUACACUAAUGAAAUAGAUUUCAGUGUAAGCGAUUAUCCUUUAGAACUGAAAGGAAGCCCAGAUGCAUUCGAAAGUGUCACUUCUACAUACAAGAGUAUCAGAGAUGAUGAUGCACGACAUGUACCGCACGCAUCAGUUACUGACAGCGAAAAUACGAUGCCGAAACAUUUAUCCCCAGACGUUAUAUCAGCUCUCAAGGGUGUGCGUUUCAUUGCUCAGCACAUAAAAGACGCAGACAAAGAUAAUGAGGUCAUAGAAGAUUGGAAAUUUGUAGCUAUGGUUCUGGACAGAUUCUUUCUUUGGAUAUUCACUAUCGCAUGCAUCGGUGGUACGCUAGGAAUAAUAGGUCAAGCGCCUAGUCUGUACGACACCCGACAACCUGUGGACCAACGACUUUCCGGUAUAUCAUUGCGCAAUUACAUGUAUCCACCGAACGGAACUUUUGAUGAGACUAAUUAAUUAUCGUGAUACGUGAAAAGCGAUUCGCAUGUAAA